CAGGCCUUGCGUGACAACGGUUCCUAGGCAGAUUUUGUUGAUGUGUUAACGGCACUCGCAGUUGCACGGCGAAUGCAAGUAUUUAUCCUUUUGAAUUUUGCUAAAGUCAAAUCAAAAACGACACUCUGUGACAUCGGCCAGAGAACUAACGUAAUACAUCGAUAAUUAGCUCGACAAUUAGCUAACGUUAGUUGAGAAAAGUCUAAACAUCGCAAUCAGGCGAGGUUGUUUUUAAGUUUGAAAUCCACGAACCCUCCAAGAUGAGCGAACAGCUCAAAUUUAUCGUAGAGCAGCUCAACAGAGAGCCUUUUAAGAAAAACUUCAAUCUCAUUACAUUCGACUCUCUGGAGCCAAUGCAGUUGCUGCAGACUUUAAACGAUGUUCUGGCUGAAAUUGAUCCAAAGCAAACCAUUGAUAUACGUGAGGAACUGCCGGAGCAGACAGCUAAGAGAAUGUUUACUCUUCUGGGGAUGCUGAAAUACAAACCUCCUGGAGGAAUGUCUGAAGUAAGCAGCUUCCGUCAGGGUUUGGUGACGGGCAGUAAGCCUGUGGUGCACCCCAUCUUGCACUGGCUGUUACAGAGGAUUCCAGAGCUGAAGAAGAGAGCGUACCUGGCCAGGUUCCUCGUCAAACUAGAGAUUCCUGCUGAGUUUCUUCAAGAUGAUAUCAUUGCUGAGACCUACCACCAGUAUGAGGAGCUGGUGGAGGGAUUCAAGAACAUCCACAAAGAGUGUGAACAGCUGAAGAGCUCAGGUUUUUCCACCGCUGAGAUUCGACGGGACAUUGUUGCGAUGGAGGAGGAGAAGGAUCAACUCAUAAAAAGGGUGGAGCGGCUUAAAAAGAGGGUGGAGGCAGUUUCAAACCAUCAACGCAUGCUGGACCUGGCCAGACAGUUAAGAGUGGAAAAAGAAAGAGAAGAAUCUCUUGCUCAUCAGAAACAGGAGCAGAAGAACCAGCUCUUCCAGGCAGAGCAGAGACUGCAGAGAUGUCAGAUCCAGCUCAAAGACUUGCAGCAGGCAGCCGCAGAUGAAAAGCCAGAGAGCCUUAUGAAGAGACUCGAGGAGGACAUCAAGUUCAACUCCUACAUGGUGUCUGAGAAGCUGCCUAGAGAGAUGGAGAACAUGAGAAAGGUGGUGCAGUAUUUACAGAAGGUGGCGUCUGAGCCUGCUAUGGGCCAAGCAGAACUGAGGGAGCUGGAGGACAAGAUCAGAGAAACCAACACAGAGAUCAACCAUCUGAUUGAGAAGAGGAUGAUGCGUGACGACCCAAUGGAUGAUAAACUCUCUUUGUUCAGACAGCAGGCUGCUAUUAUAGUCCGGAAGAAGGAAAGCAAGGUGGAGGAGUUACAGGAGGCCCGUGAGGAGUUGGCGGCUGUGGAGAAAGAACUGAACAUGAAGAGCAGUCAGGCACGAGAGCGGGGUGGAGCCGAGCUGAUCCGUGGAGACGAGUUUAAGCGAUAUGUGGCCAAGAUGCGUGGCAAGAGCAGCACUUACAAGAAGAAACGUCAAGAGAUUGCUGAGCUGAAGGUGGAGUAUGGUGUUCUACAAAGGACUGAAGAGAUCUUGAGAGAACGACACACAGCUGGACAGCAGCAGCUGCAAUCUCUGGAGGCUCAGCGGGGGAUCUCGGGCUACAGCGAUACUCAGGAAGAGCUGGAGAGAGUCUCCGCUAUCAAGAGCGAGCUGGACGAGAUGAAGGGACGAACGCUGGACGACAUGUCUGAAAUGGUAAAGAAGCUAAAUUCGGUGAUAGCAGAGAAGAAGUCUGCUCUGUCUCCUCUGAUAAAGGACCUGAGAGCUCUGAGACAGGAACACGCAGAGCUCGCCCCAGAGUAUGAGCAAAAGAAGGCUCAGUAUGACACCUGUGCUGCAGGAUUGGAGAGCAACAGGUCCAAGCUGGAGCAGGAAGUGAGGAUGCUCAGGGAAGAGACUGCACAAGAAGAAAGCAGAUAUUAUCACAUUAACUGUAUGAGAGAGAUUACCGAGAGUCAGAUGCAGAGGGCGGCAGAUCAGAGUAAGAUCAAUCAGUCAAUGGACUUACAGGUGCGGAGGACAGCUCUCAGAGAGAAGUACAUAGCGAACACUGCAGAGCAGGAGUCCUUGGGCAAGGUUCUACGUCAGCAGGUGAAGCAGGUGCGAGAGAACCAGGAGCCCAAUAUGAGACAGAUGAAGAUGUGGAAGGACCUAGAGAUGCUGUUGGAGUGCAAGAAGCAGUGCUACCUCAAGGCUCAGAGCCAGGCACCAAUUGGGCACGUCAUCCAGGAUGUUGGCAAAGAUAUGCUGGUUCUGUGAUGCCAUUUCCCUCUUAAAAGUUUUUCUGGUCAUUAUUAUAAGUUAUAUAAAUAACUGUGUAUAUUAUUGAAUAUGUAGAAUUGUAUGUAUAUUAAGGAAUAGUUCACGGAAACUGCGUCUCUUGCUCACCAGUGGAUGUAAGAGAUUUAUCUGUGCAUAUUUCUCUCCUGUUUCAGACAAGAUGGAGAAAGCAAUAUUGUUAUAAAGGACUGGUAUUUUAGUCAGAAACAAUGGUUUAAGGUUAAAAAUGUCUUAAUGUUGAUAUUGUUUCUAAAAAAAACAACCAUCAAACUACCACAUUUCAUUGUGUGGAUUAUUGUGAUGGUUUUAUCAGCUUUUUGGAGAUUCAUUCUGUCGGCACCCAUUCACUGGUGAGCAAACUCAUCAACAGCUUGGAUGGCCUGACAUUUCCAGCAAAUUUUCACUUGUGGGUGAACUGUUACUUUAAAACCAUACAUUAGUUCGUAUAAACGUAUUCUGCAGUGAAAGAAGGGCUGAAGUGUCCUAAGGGCCACCUGACACACUAACAUCCAACAAGUCACUAGUCUCGGGUUCGACACAUCUUUAAGAACCGAGCUCCAGUCUGUGUGUCCAAAGAUAAUGCCCUACAAAGUGCUACACUUUGGAUGCGUCUGCGCUCCAGGUUAUUUUGGGAAACAACAGCCAUGACCUUGGGCAGAAGAGCUGUCCAAUUUAGGAAUUCAGUUGGAUCUCCUUUUGUUGGUCUGUCAGGGUAGUGCUACAGUAGUAAACAGACAGACUUGUCCAAUCAUCAUGUGUGAGUAGCUUAUUUACUAGAAGGCUGCUUGGCUACUUUACCUCACUAUUUUUUUUGAAAAUACAAAAUGUAUAAAGCAAACAUUGUAAACGAAAUAUUUCUACAGUUAAUUGUAUUUAUUUUUUGUAACAUUCUAAUGUGGAAUAUUCAGCUGUUCAGAUCACGUGUAUUGAUCCUGCGGAUCCUGCCGUUCUGGUGACGCCUUUUGGAAUAUCCAAAGAAGCUUUUCUUUUUCUUUCUUUGCCUGGUGCAUCCAUUCAUCCAGAAUGUUUGGAUGAGAAUCAGUAUCACCACAGCAAACCCAUAAGCACAUAUAAUUGGAUCCUUUCUAUAAAAAUGGAUAUGCUAGAGCUGGUGGUAAUUCAUUCAUUUAUUCAUAUAUUAAUAAUAUAAUGAUAUGCAUAGGUCACCCUGAGUAGGUGUAAGCACUGCAACCUGGCAUACUGUUGCGUCGCAGUGUGUCUGCAGUAUAAUGGGCAUCUGGACCUUAAAUGAUUUAAUACUGAGUCAGCCUCAUUCAAAAUGGCCCCGACAUAAUCACAAUAAUUAUGUUUUUUUAAAUAAUUACAAUGGCUAAAGUUUAUUAGUUUAUCAGUUUACUUUUCAAAACUGUAUUAGGAGAUUUAGGACAAAAUUUAAAGUAAUAUUUGCAUUCACUCUGAUUUCAGUUUAUACUAUUUUCUACUUGUGCUAAAAAUACUGAAAUGAUUUUGUUUAACCUUGAAUGCAUGCCAAUGAACAUGAAUAUUUUUAAGGUUUAAAAAAAAUCACACAUUUGAGUAACACUCUUUUUUUUUUAAAUACAUGUAAAUGCAAAAAUAUAUUUAAAUUACUUUAUAAUGCAUUAAAAAUAUGUGAUUUUUAAUUACAGUGCUGAAAAACUAAAGGGGUUAUUUGUAUUUUUUGUCACAUUACUAUAUAUACACAAACGGUUUUAAUAAACGCUUAAACGUA